AUGACACCAGACCAGCAGCUAACUCUAUAUGAUCUUGCAACAAGGUCAUUGAGGUCGCCUUCAUUGAGCAUAUCGUCGUCACAUAACUCAUCUUCGUUUAGUAAUGGCUACAAAAGGAGGUUCGAUGAUCGAUCAACAACAAAGACCAGUUUAGCCCUACGAGCAUAUCUGAGCAAGUCUAAUCUACAGCAACGACAGAUACAGAGAGACAGGCAGCAAAAUGGCGCAUCAGAAGUGGGUGCUUUAUUCAAGUGGUCUGAGUUGUCCAAAAUUGCCAGCAUCACGUCGUCGCUGAAUUUUGAAUCGGCAUUUGGGAAACUCGUUCAGGUAAAGUCCAAUGCAAUAUAUAUUGCCCUAGGGACCACUAGUGGGAAGAUUGUGAUCUUCAACUAUAACCAAGAUGUUCAAUUUACCUUGGAAAGCCAAGAAGCAGGAGAUAUUUCAAGCAUGGCCUUCAGUUCAGACUCAUCAUUCUUUGCAGCUGGCUUUAAAGAUGGAGCAAUUAGAUUAUGGGAAUUGAAACCAGAUUUGUCCAAACCAUAUUUCACAAUAUUCCCUAGCGCCAAAGAUGGUCAUGCAAUGAACCAAAGCAUAACAUUUCUUGCAUUUAUCGAACUGCAGACCCAUCAUCUUGUAAGCUUGGACGAAUCCGGGGCAUUAAUAAAGCAUAAUGGAGUACGCAAGUUGCGUAAUGUGUACUUUUUCAGUGAAAGAUUAUUCACCACGGAAGGCAACAUCCAGAGCUCAAGUAUUUUGCCUAUUGGCUCUUCGCAUCAAGUGACCGAUGGGAUGGGCGUUGUUGCAUUAAUGACGCGUGAUAUUCUAUCUAUAUACUCAACCACAUCGUUGAAUGACCCAGCAAUAGCCCAUAUCAGGACGCAGUAUAAAAUUGGAGUCAAAAAUCCGCAAAAAGUUGCUAAAUUAGCGUGGUUUCCGUGUACUAAAACGUUACAAGGGGUGCAGAGUGCAAGAUUAGCCUACAGUUGGAAUAACGUUUUGGGAGUAUUGGAAUUGAAUAAUAACUUAUUCCCCUCAAAUUUCUUACAAGUGGUGAAUGAUGCCAAGGACAAAGAUAGAGUUGUGCCGAAAUUACCAUUUUCAAAGACCGCUAAACGGACCAUUGAAGGUGAUGUCGCCGAUAUCAAGUGGAUACAAUCAGAUAUGGUUUGCGUUUUCACAAAAGAGAAAUUGACAACUUUUUAUUACAACGGAUCAACUUUAGACCCCAUUGGGGAAGACGCUUUGGAAGAGUACAAUGAGGUAACGUCCUCUAAACGAUGCCUUGUACUACUUGAAAAUCAAAAAUUAUUUCUUGGACGUCAAUUGAGUUGGGCCGAUAUCCUCUUGGAGAAAAUUUCAGCUCGGCAGUAUUUUGAAGCGUUGGAAUUGGCUGAUGAGUAUUAUAACACAGGUUCUGUGGGGAAGUUGGUUGCUGUUGGUUUACCUGUUAACAAAACAAAACGAUCCACACUAGUCCGUCCAUAUUUAAUCGAAAUCAUGAAGGAAUCGUUACUGCAUUUACAAAACAUUGACCCUGCAAAGUAUUUGGAAAAGUACUUUACGGUUAUCACGUAUAUUGGGUAUAGUGACAUCUUGGAAGAUUUGUUGCUCAUUGUUGGUGACGAGGAAGUGUUUUUCCAGACACUAGAACCAUUUAUAUUCUCAGAGUCCAUAUUAGUGUUGCCACCAGCAGUAUUAAAACUCUUGGUAGAGUAUUAUGCAUCCAAUGGGGAUCUCUUGACUGAGAUCUUGUGCACUUUGGAUAUACAAAGUUUGGAUAUCGACUUGACGAUUCUGUUGUGCAAAAAACACAACCUACGAGAGUGUUUGAUAUACAUUUGGAACUUUCUUUUGGGUGAUUAUGAAACGCCUUUGUUAGAAUUUAUCAACGACUUUAGGAAUGGUGAUGGUGCAAGCCCGGAACAUGAAUUCAUUGCGUACACAUAUAUUUCCUUUAUUCUUACAGGGAGACAAUUUCCAACAGACAGGCUUCUCACGACUGAUGCGCCAAUACAGAAUGUAUGCAACAUUUUGUUUUCAAGUGGGCCAAUUAUCCGCAAUGACAAAGUUGUUCAUGCGCUUGAUGAUGGUACAAUAUUCCCAUACUUGUACACUUUUCUCAAACUGGAUUCGUUUCAAUUGCUUUCGGCCAUGAAUGAGUUUUUUGAGUCUUCAUUUUUGAAUGAGAAUUUAAAAUUUACUAGACAAUUUUUGAUCGAGGCAUUGUUGGAUCUAUAUGAUGCUAAUGAAUUCUCCGAGUAUGAUAAGGUCCAAUUGGCAAUUUUCAUUGCCAGAAAUUACCCCAAGUAUCCCCAAUUUAUUCGGCUUGCUGAGUCUACGUUGGAUACAGUGAUUGAGAGGUUGUGUGGAAAUAAUGACCCUGAAAUUGCUCAGGAUUGUGAGUUGGCGUUGCAAAGUCUUACUUCGGUGUACUUACCCGAGGAUGAACAUUUUACCCAAAAGUUGGAAAUGAAAGGGUAUUACAAUCUUUUGGUUACAUUGUAUCUUUCUGAACAAGAGUACGCCAAUGCAUUGGAACUGCUGUUAUUGUUGAAGGAUGUAGAUGAAGAAGGGCUUAUGCUGGAGGUGCAAGCGAUUGUGGGUGAUGCAUUUACAAGAGGCAAAGAUGCCAAUGAAAAGAUUAACCUUGCUCGAGUGCUAAAAGGAAACUUUGCUAAAUUAGUCACGUUGGAUCUUGAUGCUGUAUUUAGAUUGAUUCAAAAAUAUGCACCACAACUUCACAGAGAGGUUCUUAGCCUCAAUGACGAAGUGUUGAAAUAUCGCUACUUGGCCAAAUUGUUGACAGAGGGACGUGCUUCCCGGGAAUUCCUCUACGAAUAUAUCCGAUUGUGUGUUUUGUUUGACAAAAGUUCAGUUGCUGGGGUUGUUGACAAGUUCAAGGAUAUAAUCGAUGGGGAUGAAAACAUAAUGACUGUGUUGCGAGAAAAUGACAUUACUGAUGGUCAAGCUAUCAUGCUUGCCCAACAACACAAGUUUGAGGAGGCGGUGCAGGUAAUCGUUGGUCGCUUAAAGCUUGUACAAGAUCUUGAACACAAGGACGAGUGCGAAUCAUAUGUUAAUCUUGCAUGUACAAUUUGUGAAGACCCCGCAACUUACACGCAGUCCUUGAGUGCAGACGGAGUGAUAUUAAAUGAGCUGCUAUGGUUGAAUUUGAUUACAUCGCUAGUUGACCUUGCAAAUUCGUCAGAUGAAUCGUCACCCAUUCACGAGUUCUUCAAUACCUGCAUUCAUGACUGUUUUCGCAAAAUUAGUGAUUACAAAUUAUCCAAUUCACAACACAGCCAAUCAUUUUCAACUAUAUUCACCAAAUUUUUGCAAACUUAUUCGCAUGAUGAUCAUAAUACAAAUGUUGCCAAGUUGUCAAACAUUCGAGGGAUCUUGCAAGAUGUGUUUAUUUCUUACUCUUAUGAGGGGGAAAUCCUGGAGAUUUUAUUGCGCAUGUUGAAUGAGGCUGUUUACAAGAACAUGAUUGCUGUGAGGCAGAUUAAGCUUAGGGGUGUAGCCAAUUAG